GUUGUGGAGUUGAGUGAGAUGCCCGCUGCCCUCAAUCCGGUUGCUAUUUGCUGCCGAUCCCGUUCGGCUGCAGCUUCUGGCGGUGCUUCAGCUGCUUAAAAUAGCACAAGUCCCGGGAAUAAAACACGGAGCGGCGGCUCAUUGCAAAACAGCGCCGGCUUCGACACACCGGGACCUGGGAGCGGUACCGAGCAUGGCCGGGACCCCGAUCAUAGCUGAAAUGCCCAGACAAUUCCCAAAGGUAGCACAGACAGAGGAGGAUGAACAAGUGCGAAUUAUAGCAGAGAAGGUGUUUGCUUCUGCUCUGCGUGAGGAGGACACCAAGGAUGCACUGUCUUUGUUUGACAUUGCCGAAGACUGCCCGAUUGGUAAAAAGGAAGCCACAGAAAGGGAGCUCCAGAAGGAGAUUGCUGAACAGCAAUCAGAGACCACAGUAAAGAGAAAGAAGAGCCUGAGGCUGAUUCGAUCCCAUUCGUUGUCCUUGCAGAUCCCAACUCCUGAUGUGACUUUCUCAGUUGUGGAUUCCCCAUCUUUGACCCCACAGACGCCCAUUCCGAGUGUCCCUUUGUUUGGAAUACAACUGCCCUAUGAUGUGCCUGAGUUUCAGCGAGUGACCAUUACUGGAGACUACUGUGCAGGGAUCACCGUAGAGGACUAUGAACACGCUGCCAGAGGCCUGAUAAAAGCCUUGUUCAUUCGUAAGAAGUACAUGCGUCUUGCUUAUCAGCUAUUUCCCAGAACAACAGGCCAGUACCUACAAUCAAUUGAAAACAAUCAAUGGCUAGAGGAAGAUGAAGUUUUACCAGCUCAGGUUGACACCCACAUCCAUGCUGCUGCCUGCAUGAGCCAGAAACAUUUACUGAAGUUUAUUCAGCAGACCAACAAGACUGAGGCUGACCGAAUUGUGCUGGAGAAGAAAGGACGCAAACUGACUCUGAGAGAGGUGUUUGCAAGUCUCAACAUGGACCCUUAUGAUCUCACCGUUGAUUCACUCGAUGUGCAUGCUGGCCGGCAGACAUUUCAUCGGUUUGAUAAAUUCAACGCAAAGUACAAUCCAGUCGGUGCAAGUGAACUGAGAGAUCUUUACCUGAAAACAGACAACUACAUGCAAGGAGAGUACUUUGCUCGGAUCAUAAAGGAGGUCUCCCGCGACCUGGAGGAAAGCAAAUACCAGUACUCAGAACCACGACUAUCAAUCUAUGGUGGGUCACCAACUGAAUGGGCCAGUCUGGCCAGGUGGUUUAUUAAACAGCAAGUCUACUCUCCAAAUGUCCGCUGGGUUAUUCAAGUUCCUCGCAUUUAUGAUAUAUUUCGAACAAAAAAAAUCUUGCCUAGUUUUGGAAAAAUGCUGGAGAAUAUUUUCUUGCCUCUCUUUGAAGCAACAAUCAACCCCAAAGAAAAUCGGGAACUUCACCUCUUCUUAAAAUACGUGACAGGCUUUGACAGUGUGGAUGAUGAAUCUAAGCACAGUGCUCACAUGUUCUCAGUGAAGAGUCCAACCCCUGGGCAAUGGACAAGGGAGCAGAACCCACCAUACAGCUACUACCUCUACUAUAUGUAUGCAAACAUCAUGGUGCUCAACAACCUGAGGAAGGAACGAGGAUUGAGUACAUUCCAGUUCCGACCUCAUUGUGGGGAGGCUGGUUCAAUCACGCACUUGGUUUCAGCCUUUCUAACAGCGGACAAUAUUUCACAUGGACUGAAUCUUAAGAAGAGUCCAGUACUUCAGUAUCUCUACUACCUCGCUCAGAUACCCAUCGCCAUGUCACCGCUGAGUAAUAACAGCCUUUUUCUGGAAUAUUCUAAAAACCCACUGCGUGAGUUUCUACACAAAGGCCUCAAGGUCUCUCUCUCCACAGAUGACCCCAUGCAGUUUCAUUAUACAAAGGAGGCACUAAUGGAGGAAUAUGCGAUCGCUGCCCAAGUGUGGAAACUCAGCACCUGUGACCUGUGUGAAAUAGCUAGGAAUAGUGUGCUUCAAAGCGGCUUGUCACAUGAGGAGAAGCAACACUACUUGGGGGUGAACUACUUGAAGGAAGGGCCCGAGGGGAACGAUAUCCGGAAGACUAAUGUGGCUCAGAUCCGGAUGGCUUUUCGGUACGAGACACUGUGCAAUGAGCUGUCUUUCCUGGUGGAUGCCGUGAAGUCAACAGAGAUGAGCCGGUCAAUAAAUUAGCAGUCUGGCUCAUGCAUUUGUAGGAACAUGAAAGGUGAUCAAUUAUGCACCUCAUGAGCCUGUUACACUGCUUCUAAAUGCACUUAGAUACCAGGCUGGUUCAUAACCAGAAAAGCACAACAGCCAUUGUGAUUAAAUCCUUACCAGCCAAUAUGAGAUAAUGUUAUGCAUUACAUCAUACUAUUUAAUGCUGUUUGCCUCAUGCUUGAUUAUAUUUUAACAAAAGAUUUUUUAAAAGAAAUAGAUAAUCCUAGUGCAGACACCACUGAAUAUAUAUAUAGAAUAUGUAUAAUAGCCUUAGUAUGUAAAGUGUACAGUACACUGUUUAAAUUUAGCCUGGAAAGCUUCUAUUUGUAUAGUCAAAUAGGUUUAAAAUACUAAUCCAGCCAGGGCAUGUUCCUCUGUUUAUAAGUUACUUUGCAUUAGCACCAUUGGUGUUAAUUUCUAAACUGUUACAUUUUUAAAAAACAUGUCUAUUCUAUGGACAUUGUACCUACUUGAAUGUAAAUGUAAUACACUGAUUCAAAUUUUAUUGAAUAAAACCAUUAAACAGAAGAGGUGGAAGUU